AUGAAUGAAUGGUCGAAUGAAAAUUGUGACGUUUUAAUAGCAAAAGAAGAUUAUUUGUAAUUAAUUUUUGUUUGUCUGAAAUUUUAAAACAAUUUCCGUGCUACCGAUAUCAAAUGUAACGAAAAAGGGGUCCUGGCGACUUUGAGAAUUGCACAUUUAUUGUUACGCGUUAGUAGCUGCUAGAUAAAUUACAAAAAUGACUGAGCCGCGUCGUUCUAGACUCCAUCUGGGGAAGUGCAUAGAGGAUUUGGACAAAUUAUACAAUGCACCUGACUUGAAAUCGAAAAGAGCUAAUAUGUUAUGCAAAACUGCUCAAAAACUCUUCGAAUCUGCAGAGGAGGCUCGUGAAAAGGGCGAUGAGGAGACCUCCUACGUUCUAUACAUGAAGUACCUUCGUAUUGUUGCGUGUAUCACCAAAGAUAAGGACUAUAUGAAGGACAAGACAUACUUCACUAGUAUGCUUGGAGCAAAGAACCCAAAUAAGGCACUUGAUGCUGCUGAGAUGUUGAAAAACAGCUUGAUUAUCAGAUAUGAGGAGGCGAGGCAGAAUGAUCGCAUGAAAGACAUAAAGGAGAAUGAGUUGAUAAAGCAAAAAAUUGAUGACAACAGAAAGAAGGCUAUGGAGGCAGCCACAAUCAAAGAACCAGUCACCCAGGGCCUACCAGGCCCUGAUGAGGUGACAAUAAAGAGUGAACAACUGUACGCCACACUGAAGAGUGGGAAGCUGAAGGUGAUGAUACUGGACGUGAGGCCCGGGAAGGACUACAUCGAGUCCCACAUCAACCAUCCCGCAUGCAUCAGUGUUCCCGAGGAGUGUAUAUCACCAGGCCAAUCAGCGAACGUGUUGGAACAGACCCUACCGGCCGCGUCCAGGCCCGUGUGGGCGGAGCGCGCCUCCAUGGACCUCAUCGUCAUGCUGGACUGGAACAGCUCCACCGUCAUCCCUGGGAAAACUCUGUAUCUACUGAAGACUAUACUACUUAAGUGGGAUGUCAAAGUCCGUUAUGCCAGACAGCCGCUGUCACUGCUGGGUGGUUACGAGGACUGGCUGCUGAAGUACCCAGCGUUCACCACAAACCCACAACCCACCACGCCACGACACGACGCCAUGCUCGACGACAUGUUGGGAGAGAUUGACUACCCAAACUGGUCGGACCUGAGCCCGCCCGCAAUAACUGUCAAUCGAGUUGCCAAGCCAACGGGAGGUCCUCUCAUAGACAGGACUAGCAAGAUGGCUGCAGUGCAGCUGUAUGAAGAAAGGUCUAGAAGCAUGCAGAACAUUCUAGAACAGCAGGAGCGCAUCGCUGACACAUCACUCACACUUGAGAUGCAACGGUUGGAAGCGGAGCAGGAUUGGGAGAAGAUACGGCAGCAGAACGAGGAUGAGCAGCGAGACGAAAUCCGUGCCAUGUACAAGCUUCGGGAACAGGAGAUCAUAUCGCAGCUGAUGCAGCUCGAGAGCAAGCAGUAUGACAUGGAACAAGAAAACCAAUCUCUCCGCGAGAAGCUGGAGGAGUACCAGCGGAGAGAGAAGGAGGAAGCGGAGACCAUCGCGGAGAAUAUCGCCAAGGCGGCAGAACUCUCCGGCGCUGACUCUGAGGCACAGGCGGAGGAGCGGUCGCGGCAAGCGGCGGCGCGGGACUUGGCCGCCAAACGCGCGCGCAUAGCCGCCGUGCACGCGCAGAGGGACGAGCUGGACCGCCGCCGCGAGCUCAUGGAGUGCGAGCGCAAGCGGAAACUGGCUGAAGCGCGCUCCAAGCGGAAACCCUACGAGAAGGAAGAAGAUGGCGACGCUUACAUGGGCUCCCCGACUGACAGCACAGAAUCGGCUGGCCUCAACCGGUCGCAGUCCACGCCCAAUAUAGCCAAGCUGUCGUCGGACGAGGACGAGCCGCCGACGCCGACGUUCGACCGCAGCACGAAGCCCAGCAAGGUGGUGCCGCCCAGCGAGCUGCGCCACAGGGACUUCCAGCCCGUGUGGGGCGACGUGGGCAGAGGACUGACAGGUCUGAAAAAUCUCGGCAACACCUGCUACAUGAACUCCAUCAUCCAAUGCCUCAACAACACCGCCAUACUCGUCGCGUACUUCUGCAACGGACAGUAUCUGGAACACGUUAACAGGUCACACAGCACGCGAGGCGCUAUAGCGGAAGAGUUAGCGGCUGUGGUGCGAGCUCUGUGGUCGGGACAGUAUCGGUUCAUCGCCACCAAGGAUCUGCGGAGCGAGGUUGGCAAGCAUCAGCGCGCGUUCCGCGGCACGGAGCAGCAGGACUCGCACGAGUUCCUCACCAUCCUGAUGGACUGGCUGCACCUCGACCUGCAGUUCACAAUCAAGCCGCCACACAAGGAAUCUCUCGGUGCCUCUGAACUGGCCUGGCACGAGUACACCAAGUCAAAGGAAAGCCUCGUCUUAAGGCUUUUCUACGGACAGAUCCGAUCGACGGUGCGUUGCUCGGUGUGCCGCGCCAGCUCCGCCACCUACGACUCCUUCUCCAAUCUGUCGCUCGAGCUGCCCGCGCACGCUUCCCGGUGUACGCUGGCUGACUGUCUAAAAUUAUAUUUGAACGACGAAAUGGUACCAGGCUGGAACUGCCCCAAUUGUAAAGAAAAAAGAGACGCUGCCAAGAAACUAGACAUUUCGCGACUACCUCCAGUCCUCGUAAUUCACUUCAAAAGGUUCUACGUGGACCCCAAAGAGUAUAUGUGUAACGCGUACAGAAAAAAACAAACAUACAUCGACUUCCCGUUAGAAGAUCUAGAUAUGAGGCAGUUUUCACUACAGUGCCCCGAGAAUCAGAUAUACAAUUUGUAUGCCGUGUCUAAUCAUUACGGGUCUAUGGAGGGCGGACAUUACACUGCGUAUUGCAAGAGCAGUGUCUAUGGAAAAUGGUACAAAUUCGACGAUCACCUCGUAACGGAGAUCCCAGCGAGCGAAGUGCGCUCGAGCGCCGCCUACAUACUGUUCUACUCGGCGUGCUCGCGCUCGUGAUGCGCCCGCCACGCCAUCCGCAGCGGCGCCCACCACGCCGCUCCGGCCCCGACGACGUCGCGCCAUAGGUAGAGCGUACGCUAUAGCACGCCAACUUCAAUACUUUUAGUAUGUACAUUCAAAUUUAAUUUAUUUCAAGUAGUUGAUGACAUGACAUGCUCAUGAUAUGCGGGCGACGGGGGGAAGGAUUGCGCGGAUGUGAAGUGCGCGCGGGGCAUCGCUACCCUUCUCAAGGCCCGCGCGGACCAUCGGGAGUGUUAAGAACAAAUUUGCCAAGCUAUAGUUUUGUUUUGUCGGUCCAUAUCUUUGUAUAGGAUAGUUGAAUCAUGUCAAAUUUAAUAUAAACAAUAUUAAUUUCGUAUAAUAAAAGUUAAAUUGCUAAUUGCAAUUUAUUGACAAAGACAACUUCUUGGCACUCAAUUCAAGUAGUCGCAUUGGCAAAUUCAACCUUAAACUCAAUCAUUAAGGUUGAAAUUGCUCUGAAUUUGGGAUUUUAUUGAAUUUACUAUACUAUACUCGAAUUCUAAAACUGUCAAAGCUAAAUUGGCCAAUUUUUAAGUGAAAUUUUCUACAUGAUUAGAACACCAAUUUGACUGUUUUUCAAUGGUGCGGUUACAAAGACAGUUCUAAAACGAAGCAUGCUUAAGGUACAAAAUGAAAUUUUGUUCUUGUUACCUUCCUCUUCCUUCUAUGAAUAUAUCUAUAAAUGUUAGCAUUUUAGAUCUGUCAAAUAAGCUUUUUUUUGUUUCAUGUAAAUAUAAAACUAACUAACUAAAUGUGUGUGGUGUAUAAUAUGUUAAAUAUACUAGUAGACCCGGUCAAUCUUCGCUUAGACAGUUACGCAAGCAUCCAAUGAGCUAUCGGCGACAAACAGAUACUUUAGCCGCCUAUAAUAAACAAUACAUUAUGUUGUUAUGUCAACUAGUAAAGUAUUUAUGCAAAAUGGACCUAAUCUCGUCUUGAUAAAGGAUUUAUUAACUAAAAACUAUUUCUGUCUGAAGCAUAAGUAAUGUGAAAAAACUACUAUAAAAAGAAAAGUAAAAUUGUGUGCUGUACUAAAAGUAUUGAAGUUAACAAGCAUGGGAAAUACGACUUUAAAACGAGCAGCUUUAGCUACGUUUUACUUUGGCGUUCGAAUGUGCGUGCGGAUGACGUCAUCGGCGGAUUUCGGAUAUUUUCAAUGUAAACUACUAGAAUUAAGGGACAAUGCAACAUCAAUUUACUUUAAAUUCAAAAAUACACAAUUGCUACAAUUGUAAAACGUAUUAUCCAAUUAAUUUUAGUUUAAAUGGAAUUUUUGGAUGUUUCCACUGAUUUCGGAUUCCACAAAUUUUUAAUAACACUAAAUUGACAUGAAACUGUAAAAAAAUAUUGUAUUGUUUUCUAUUCUUGUCAAUUUAGUGAUAUUUAGAUAUUGUGUAUUGUAAAAAAUAUUACGUAUUAAUACCCAAUGGUUCUUUAGUUGUAUGCAAAUAUACAAAGGACACUAAAAUGACAGGUCUAUACAGGGUGUCCCGUAAAUAAUACAUACUUUGUUAUAGCUGACAUCAAAGCCUACUAAAAUAACGCAAUAGUUUGCCGAAAUUUUGCGAUUUUCAAGUUAUAUAGAUUUUUGUUCUAAACACAAAAAAAACCUACCUUAAGUCCAGUUUAAUCGUACCAUGUGCUUAAAAACUACUUAAGCGCUAAUUUUAUACUUGCCAAUUAUCUUUGAAUAGUUGGUUCAAUGUUAAUUAUUUUGUUAUUCAAGUAACACGAAACUGAACUGAAACUGAACUUGAACUAAAAUAAAAUUACAUUUAAAAAUGAAGGUAGGAUUUUUUUGUAUUUUGUACAAAAAUCAAUAUAACUUAAAAACCGUAAAAUUUCGGCUAUAGUAUGCGCAUUAUCAUCUGAGUCGUCCGGUCAUAAAAGUCAAAAAAGAUAGGAAUGUGCAGCGCGCCUACCUGCGCACCCUAAUUAUCGAUAAACGGCUACCUGCGCACGUGCUAAUGAUGAGUCAAUAAUGAUUUGGACGAUUCUGAUUGGUCGGUUUCUAAUGUAAUUGCAUUGCGUAUUUUUUUUGCUAUAAAUGUGUUUACUGCAAUUAAAUAAAUACAUUCAUGUGUUACUCGUUGCGCACUAUGGAUACUAAUAUAUAAUAAAUUUGGCAGAAGACGAAGAUUCUGAUGAUGAAGACUCAGAUGAAGAUUAAUUUUAUUUAGUUAAUAAUUAUAUAAUAUGAAAUAUGUAUUAUAUUAAAUCAAAUAUUGUUAAUUUUUUUAAUUUUGUGAACAAGAUACGAUAAUAAACUUUACUUAUCGAUAAUAUGUCUUUCAUUGUUACACCCUUCACUAGACGGCUCCAUAAGACCCAUAAGUGCAAGCGAGAUAGAUAUAGAGAAAUGAUUUAUGGCCCUAAGACUCAGUUGUUAAUGCUAUUAGUAUAACAUAUAUUGCGUUAUAUUAGAAAGCCUUGAUGUCAGCUAUCACCUUGUAAAGUAUGUCGUAGUAUUUACGAGACACCCCUGUAUAUGCUAUCUUAUAGCAUUGUCAGACAUGUUAAGUUUAUAUAUUUGUGUACAACAUAAUUCCACCAUUAUAUUUGUUGUGAUUUAAUGUUAAUACGAAUAACAAUAUGUUAUAAAUGUAUAAUAUAUUCCAAGAAGCAAGUUUUGACGUUACGUCACUCGCUGUUUAAAAUUUAAGAUGUCCUUAAGUUUAAGAAAACUGUACAGAAUAAAUGAAACGUUCGUUAACGUUUGUAUGCAGCUCGCUUACAAAAUUUAAUGUAAAGUCGAGUAAAACAUAUAUAUACACUGUGAAGUUUUCUUCGUCUUCAACCGAAAUCCCACAUAAUGUACUCAAUGUAUAUUAUCCAUUAGUGUUAUUAUAAAAAAAAAACAAAGUACAGUUUUUCAAAAAGCGAUUAUUUUAAAACAUCCUGUAUUUUCAAACACCUACAUUCGCCGCGAUACCGCUCGCUCUGUCGCUCCCUUUAAGGUCAUUCACUUAAAUUCAUCAAUGACUCAAUAUUUACGAAAAAGAAUUAAACAGGAUGUUUAAAUUUUUUCAUAAAUAGAAUUUUCCUUUCGCUUGUGUGAAUUAACUUGAGGCCAUUUUUAACAUUGUUAAGGGGUUUCUUGUAUUGGAUUCUUGUAUAAUAAAUGUCAGGGUGGUUUACAGACGCUGAAACUAACACGGUGUAUAGUGAAUAUAAUCAGUAUAUACUUACUACUUAUUAGUCCACCAUACCUCGUUUAGUGCGACGCUUCCUCGGCUCGAUACUUCUGUAAUAAAGUAUGUUAGUAGUUUUAGAUUUUUAAGGUAUCUAAUUUUUCCGCCUUCCAUUAGUCUCGGAGAUUACAGAAUAUACCCCUUGGGUCAACAAAUCACUACAGGAUUCCCUUCAAGUGCAAAUGAAUAUUUUUUUCGAAAUACUUUUUUGUUUUAAUUUUAUCUUUAUUUGCAUAAAUAGUUUAAAUUUUAUGUUCAACUAAAGAUAUUGAUUACCAAAACGAAAUUUCUAUCUGAAAGGCCGCUUUUGAUCUGAAGGAUAGAAAGGAAAGAAAGUAUUUUAUCCUUGAUCUUUAAUUGAAUGAGUAGUAAUAUCCGUUUUCACCAAAAAUAAUUCUGAUUUGUAUUUCAUUUACUUGUUGCUUAUUCUGUAAUUUUCGAUUAAUAUUAUUCUAUUUUAUUGACAAAAGGCUCGAAAUUUUUAACUUCUUUGCAGCCGUCGAAAGUUAUUUGUAAAUUUUAUAUUAUACCAGUGUGUUAUGAAUUAAUUCCAUAAUUCCUAACCUUAUUAUGAGGUUAUGGAAUAAAUUCACCACUCACUUCCUCUUUGAGUUACUGCUUUCUUUAGUUACAUGAUGUACCACACCACAGUUAAAUCAA